AUGACGGAAGAAAGUGGACAAGAAAUGGCCAUUGCCAUUUAUCACCAGCUCUCCACCAUGGGAUUUGACAAGGUUGCAAAUACCUUAGAAAAGGCUAUCAAGAAAAAGUAUAGCCUCUCGUCUAUUCCUACUCUGGAGGGAGCCUUAUCGUUCACCAAGUCUGCCACCAAGGACGCUUCCGACUCGGACAGUAGUAGCAGUAGCAGUAGCUCGGACUCGGACUCUGAUAGCGAUGACGGCAAAGAAAAGGUGAAGGUCGAUGAGGCCCCCGCCAAGGCUGCUGCCAAGAGCAAUGAAAGUGACAGCGGCAGCAGCAGCAGUGAUUCUUCUUCCGACGAAGAAGAGGAAAAGCCCAAGGAGCGGCCUAUCGCUCGCAAGAAGUCUUCCAGUGGUAGCAGCAGUAGCAGCAGUAGCUCCUCCAGUGAGUCUAACAGUGAUGACGAGGAGAAAAAGGAAAUUGCCAAGAAGGCUGCGCCUGUCAAGAAAACGAUGGCCGCCAACGAUUCCUCGAGCAGUAGCAGUGACUCGUCAAGCAGUGAAAGUGAAUCUGAGGAUGAGAAAGUAGACAAGAAGGAUUCGGAUAGUGACAGCUCGUCUGAUUCUUCCGAUGAUGAAGCCGACAAACCAAAGAACGCCAAAGCGGCCGCGAAGGAAUCGUCUUCUGAUAAUGAAGAAAAGGAAAAAGAAACGGCACAACCAGCCAAGAAGAAACUUAAGUCCUCUUCUGGGGAAGCCGUCAAGUCGCAAGUUGUAUCUCCCGAAGAAAGCAAUGACGAUGACAGCGAUAGUGAUGUCAGCGAUGUUGAAGUCUCAAGUGUCUCUACUGUCUCGAGUGAUGAGGACAGUAGUGACGAUUCGGAAAGCGAUAGUGAUUCAGACGACGGCAGUGACGACGAUUCCUCGUCCUCCGAUGAAGACGACGCAGCCGAAGUCCAGGCUCGACUCAAGGCCAAGCGCAAGGCGGCGGCUGAAAGGGCCAAGGCUGCCUCUGCAGCAGCUCUCAACUGGACACCUACCAAGUCUAAGAAUGUGGAUAUCCAGACAGAAGCUGGAACUGACGGUGCUCAGGCAUUGAACAAGGGAAAACCAUUCCAAAGAGUUGACGACACUUUCUGGGGAGAAAAAGCCUACCAAGAUGGAGGUGCUAUGGCCGAUAAUUCUUAUGAAAACGUUUUUGGAGAGGAUGGGUUUGGCGCCAAGUCCAGUCAAAAGUUAUUGCAAGUUCGGGGAAAGCGAUUCCAGCACGAAAAGACUAAGCGAAAACGAUCCUUCAAUGGCCUUGCACGAGGGGGUGGAGCCAUCAAUAUGCAAUCCAACAGUACUAAAUUUGCCUAA